AGCCAAAGAUGUCGGCUCGGUCAUAUGAUCAGCUGUGUCCAAUCACAGCUGAAAACAUGGGACAUGUACACUGAUCAUCAGAGCACUGAUGAUCAGUGUGCCCUGAUGAUCUGUGUAGCCCCAGCAGUGCCACCUGUCAGUGCUCAUCCAUGCCACCUGCCAGUGCCCAUCAGUGCACAUCAAUGCCACAUAUCAGUGCCCAUCUGAGCUACCUUUCAGUGUCACCCAUCAGUGCCACCUAUCAGUGCCCGUCAGUGCCACCUAACAGUGCCAGUCAGUGCCAUAUAUGAGUGCUGCCUUUCAGUGCCCAUCAGUGAUGCCUGUCAAUGCCCAUCAGUG